UUAGGUAAAGGAGCCGAUUUAGAUGGUCACGAGUGUUAAGGUGAACUGGGAUGUUUGGAUGCUGUCGUCCCCCCUUCACCCAGAAAAAAACAGGUAGACGGAAGUUAAAGUGAAAGUGAGAGUCUCCAUUUUGUGUGGAAGGGAAAGUACACCAUUUCAGGAGUAAAAACACAGUUGUUUUAUGACGUGAUACCGUGACUAUUUCCUGUAAGUGAACUCUGUGCUGAUACAAGGUUUGAUUUAACACACCGAUGUUGGAGUGAAGUAAACGUGUGUCCUGCUGAUAUCUGGAGAAGGAGACAUGACCUCCAACAUGAGUGUGUCUGGAAAACAGGACUUAAAGAAAGACGAGAGACCAUAACAGAAGAAGUCAAACCUCAGCAGAAAUCAGUCGGUCUCCAUAUUUAAGGAGCUGGAACACAAAGUCAUCGCUCUGAUAAAUAAUGAGCUGAAGUGGUUUAGGAAGCUCCUGAGUCCAGAUUACCCAGCAUGCACUGAGAGGGAGGUGGAGGAUGAGGAGGAUCUGCACAGUGUCAGAGAGGGAGCGCUGAAGAUCACACUGCACGUCCUGAAGAACAUGAACCACACAGAUCUCGCUAACACACUGCACAACAAACUCGCCUCUGUGUAUCAGACAGAGCUGAAAUCCAAACUGAGAGAGAAGUUUAAAAGAAUUAAUGAAGGAAUCUCACAGUAUGGAAGCUCAGCACUUCUGAAUGAGAUCUACACAGAGCUCUACAUCACAGAGGGUUGGAGUGGAGACGUCAAUAAUGAACAUGAGGUGAGACAGAUUGAGACAGCGUCCAGGAGACCAGCAACACAGGAGACACACAUCAAAUGUAAUGAUCUCUUUAAAGACAAGUCCAUCAGAAGUGUUCUGACUAAAGGAGUCGCUGGAAUUGGAAAAACAGUCUCUGUGCAGAAGUUUAUUCUGUACUGGGCUGAAGGAAAAGCAAAUCAGCACAUCACCUUCAUGUUUCCACUUCCCUUUAGAGAGCUGAAUCUGAUGAAGCAGAGAAAUCUCAGUCUGAUUGAUCUUCUUCAUCACUUUUUCCCUGAAAUGAGAAAACUACAAUUAAUAGACUCCUACACAGUGGUGUUGAUCUUGGAUGGUCUGAAUGAGUGUCGACAUCCUCUAAAUUUCCAGAAGAAUGAGAGAUUGUGUGAUGUGACAGAGUCAGCCUCAGUGGAUGUGCUGCUGACAAACGUCAUCAAGGGAAUCUGCUUCCCUCUGUUCUCCUCUGGAUAACCUCUCGACCAGGUGCAGCCAAUCAGAUCCCUCCUGACUGUGUAGACCAGGUAAGAGAGGUACGAGGGUUCAGUGAUCCUCAGAACGAGGAGUACUUCAGGAAGAGGAUCAGUGACCGGAGCCUGGCCAAUAAAAUCAUCUCACACAUGAAGUCUUCAAGAAGCCUCUACAUCAUGUGUCACAUCCCAGUCUUCUCCUGGAUCUCAGCCACUGUUCUAGAGAGAAUGUUGGGUGGAGCAGAGCGUGGAGAGAUCCCCAAGACUCUGAGUCAAAUGUUCACACACUUCCUGAUCUUUCAGAUCAAACACAAGGACCAAAAGUACCAUCAGAAAUAUGACCCUGGUCCUCAGAAGACCGGAGAGAGUAUCCUGGCACUGGGAAAACUGGCUUUCCUACAGCUGGAGAAAGGAAACCUGAUCUUCUAUGAGGAAGACCUGAGAUAGUGAGGCAUUGAUGUGAGAGAAGUGUCAGUGUACUCAGGAGUGUGUACCCAAAUCUUCACAGAGGAGUUUGGGCUUCACCUGGGGAAGGUGUUCAGCUUUGUACAUAUGAGUGUUCAGGAGUUUCUGGCUGCUCUAUACGCAUUUCUCUCCUUCAUCAGCAGAAAUGUAACAGAACAACAAACCACUGAUCUGUCUGAUCUUCUCACCAAGUCAGACACGUCUAAUGUCCUCAGGAGUGCAGUGGACAAGGCCUUACAGAGUGAGAACAGACACCUGGACCUGUUCCUCCGCUUUCUUCUGGGUCUCUCACUGGAGUCCAAUCAGACUCUCUUACGAGGCUUAAUGCCACAGACAGGAAGCAGCUCUCACAGCAAAAAGGAAACAGUCGAGUACAUCAAGGAGAAGAUCAGUGAGAAUCCACCUCCAGAGAAAUCCAUCAAUCUGUUCCACUGUCUGAAUGAACUGAAUGAUCAUUCUCUAGUGCAGGAAGUAUAAACUUACCUGAACAGAGGAUAUCUCAGGUGUCUCAGUGGAACCAGACUCUCUCCUGCUCAGUGGUCAGCUCUGGUGUUUGUGUUACUGAACUCAGAACAGGAGCUAGAUGUGUUUGAUUUGAGUAAAUAUGACCCAUCAGAGGAAUGUCUUCUGAAGCUGCUGCCAGUGGUCAAAGCCUCCAGAAAAACUGAUCUAUGUGUGUGUAAACUGACAGAGGAAAGCUGUAGAGUUCUGUCCUCAGUUCUCAGCUCAAGCUCCUCCAGACUGAGAGAACUGGACCUGAGUUACAAUAAACUGCAGGAUUCAGGAGUGAAGCUGCUCUCUGCUGGACUGGAGAAUCCACACUGUACACUGGCGAUACUGAGGUGAUGCUGACAUUGUGUCUAUUCUGGACAUCGUAGAUGAAAUCAAGUUUCUGAACAAGGCAGGCGGAUCGAACUCAGGUGGUGCCGCUCCGUGAGUCAGGUCGGGUAAGCCCAUGCUUGGUUCUACUGAACGGCUUGUGUCAACAAAGCCUAGAAAGAACAAGUGUACAACAGUUACGGUCGCUCAGGUCCAUACUCCGACUGACGAAUGUUUGAGAGACAGAGGUUUAGUGACAUCUACAAAGCCUAAGCGAUUCAGAUAUUCCCCAGGGUCGACAGACGAGUCAGUUGUGAAUGAACGUGUUGCCGCUGAACCGCAUGCUAUAGACUCCGUUUUGAGCUGGGAUCGCAAUUGUUAGAAUCGAGGGACCAUUGUGCAUUUUCCCGGCUCCUGGAGAAACGCGUGCCCGUGAAUGUCUGACUGCGGGAGAGGACGACUCUGAGGCUCUACCUUCAAAUCAAGAAGAUUACAGUCGCAAGUUGCCGGCUAUUAUAGACAACAACAGAGCCUUAAUUGAACUGAUACGAUCCGGGUUCAAGAUCAUCGAGGGGCAUAUUGUGUGGAUUGAAAAGAGUUUUGCUGUCUUCGGAGAGCGUCUGGACAGCCUUGAGAAGAAACAGCGUUUUUAUAAUCAAUCUGUGACGGAUACUUUACAAUGACACACCAUCACGCAUAAACAUAUUAUAGCUACCCAGAGGCUCCUUGCUGGGGAGAUUCGCUGCAUUGCCAUGACCAAUAUCUGAUAACAGAGUUGUAACUGCAGAACACUGCGGGGUAUUCAGUACAGCAAAAGAUACAUAUAUACAUAUAUACAUAUAUGUGGGAAAAUGGCUAAUUGGGCCCAAUUUGGACAUUUUCACUUAGGGGUGUACUCACUUUUGUUGCAGGCGGUUUAGACAUUAAUUGGUGUGUGUUGAAUUAUUUUGAGAAGAGAAUUUACACUGUUACACAAGCUGUACACUCACUACUUUACAUUGUAGCAAAGUGUCAUUUCUUCAGUGUUAUCACAUGAAAAGAUAUAAUCAACUAUUUACAAAAAUGUGAGGGGUGUACUCACUUUUGUGAGAUACUGUAUAUAUAUCCGUCAGCAUAUAUCUUAGUUUUGAAGCUGUGAUCUAAAAAACACCAAUAUGUCUGCCGUCGCAGAGGCGACAUUUCUGGAAUUUAUUAUAAGAAAUCACUCCAUGUAAUACUUCUCUCAGUGUAAUAUGCUCAUUUCUUAUAUCAUUCCACACAGACAGCAAUACACAGUGACUACGUUUACAUGGACAGCAAUAAUCUAAUUAUUGACCUUAAUCUAAGUAAGGUAAUAAUGUGAUUAAGGUGUUUACAUGAGUCGCUUUUAGAAUACUAAUAUGUUCUAUGGUGGUCCAGCGGCUAAGGAUCCCUUGCACUCACCACCGUGGCCCAGGUUCAAUUCCCAGCAGGGAACCCUAGCCACUGGGGUUGUAGUCAGUGCUGGUCCCAAGCCUGGAUAAAAAAUGGAAGGGUGACGUCAUGAAGGGCAUUCAGCAUAAAACCUGUGCGAAAUAAAAUCAGUCAAUGACUGCGUUUACAUGGACAACAAUAAUCCACUCUUAAUCUAAUUAAGACCAUAAUUUGAUUAAGAAACUACCAUGUAAACACCAACCUUAAUCUAAUUAUGGUCAUAAUCUAAUUAAGCUCUAAUCGAAUUAAGACAGGUGGAUUACUCCUGUUUUAAUCGUAUUAUGGACGUGCAUUACAGACAUGUAAACACCUUAAUCACAUUAUGAACAUUGUGUGAGCAUUUUCACCGCAUUUUGCGACAGGACACGAUCACACACGGCAGUUUUACGCUUUACGGCGAACAAGAGAGUUCGGCUGUGUCCCAAACUGCAUACUUGCCUACUAUAGGCCGGUAGUGGGGAAAAGUACAUGCAUCUCGGCUACUAUACAGUAGGUAAGUAUGCAAUUUGAGACGCAGCCCACGGCUUCAAGCAGUCGUCUAUUUGCACGUAUAGCAUGACUAAUAAUUAACCGCACUUGAAGCGUUCGUAAAAAAUUUAAAUAAAAACACCCAUAACUGUAUAUGGUACCAUAACGAGGACGAACUGUAUGUUGAUGCGUGAAAUUCUGGAGGGACGUCGGACGGCAUGGCGCGGUGACGUAAUGAUGCGGGCUCUUAAUCUAAUUAUGAUCAAUAACAUGUAAAACGGGUACAUGACUGGAGUAUUCUAAAAGCGACUCAUGUAAACACCUUAAUCACAUUAUUACCUUACUUAGAUUAAGGUCAAUAAUUAGAUUAUUGCUGUCCAUGUAAACGUAGUCAAUGACUUCAUAAAAUUCUAAUUUUAAAUCAUUGACUCCCUUCCAUAGAGACAGCAAUACACAAUGACUUCAUAAAAUUCUAAUUCUAAAUUCUUGAUGAUUCCUUCCAGUCACUGGUAAGACUGCAUAAGUCUUUUGCUCUGCACAAUAAAGGGGAAAACUUCUGCGUGUUAACCCGGACUUUCAGGCUGAAAUUUUUCCACGAGCAUCCUCCGGUUUGCUUGUUGUCCAGAAAAGCUUAAAAGACGCGCGCAACCCAGCCAGGAGACAGCAAAUUGUCACGGAAAUUAGACAACACUCGCAGACUCGUUCUCUGAAGCUGGUGAUUUGCUGUAGGUGGCCUCACAGACCCUAAACAGUAUCUGCACCCUAAAGGGAGUUUUUUUCUCAACUGCCAAAACAUUUUUUUUACAGGGUUAAAAAGGAGAAGGAAAGAGGACAUGGCUGAAUCUUUAUCAUCACAACUAAGACAACGCAGAAAGAACAGCAUGCAUACAGCUACUGACUUUGCAGGUGAAUCCAGGAGCCUCCUGACUGAAGAGCAGUUACAGUGUUCUAUCUGUCUGGAAGUGUUCACUGAUCCCGUCACCACUCCAUGUGGACACAGCUUCUGCAACAGCUGCCUCACACAAAGCUGGGAUACGAGUCAAUAUUAUUAUUGUCCAUAUUGCAAAGAGAAAUUCACCAAGAGACCUGAAAUCAAGAUUAAUAUAACACUGAGAGAGGUUGCAGAUCGCUUCAAGAAGAAAACAGUCUCAGAUAAGUUUCAGAUUCUUUGUGACUUCUGCACUGAUGUGAAGCAGAAGGCCUUGAAAUCCUGUCUGGAUUGUGGUGUGACUCUCUGUUCAUCUCAUUUAGAGUCUCAUAAUAAUGUUCCAAAAUAUAAGAAACACAAACUAAUAAAUGCAGUGGAGAAUGUGGAUAAAUACAUAUACCAGGAGCAUGAGAGACCUCUGGAGAUGUUCUGUAGAGAUGAUCAGAAGUGUGUGUGUCGGUUCUGUACUGUGACAGACCACAAGAAUCACAAGGUUCCAUUAGAGGAGGAGAGUGGAGAUAGGAAGCUGGGGAAAACACCGACAGAGCUGCAGCAGAUAAUCCAGGAGCGACUGAAGAAGAUCCAGGAGAUUAAUCACUCAGUAGAGCUCAGCAAAAGAAACACAGAGAAGGGGAAAUCAGACAGUAUUCAAGUCUUCACUGCUCUGAUUCGCUCCAUUAAGAGGAGUCAGGCUGAGCUGCUGGAGGUGAUGGAGAGGAAGCAGAAAGCAGCAGAGAAGCAGGCUGAAGGACUCAUUAAAGACCUGCAACAGGAAAUCGAUGAGCUAAAGAGGAGAGACACUGAGCUGGAGCAGCUCUCACACACUGACUAUCAUCUCCACCUCCUACAGAUUUAUCCGUCACUGUGCAUCGCUCCACACACCAAGAACUGGACUGAGAUCAGGAUUAACACGGAACUGAGUGAGGAAGCUCUGACGACGGCUCUGUCUCAGCUUCAGAAGACUCUGAAUGAGAAACUCAGUGUAACUCUGAAUGAGAAACUGAAGGAAAAAGUCUCCACAGAACUGAAGAGGAUUCAGCAGUAUGCAGUGGAUGUGACUCUGGAUCCUGAUACAGCUAAUUACUUUCUCAUCCUGUCUGAUGAUGGAAAACAAGUGACGUGUGGAGACAAAAAGCAGAAUCUCCCAGACACCCCGAAAAGAUUCACUUAUAAUCCAGUUGUCCUGGGAAAUCAGGGUUUCACCUUAGGGAGGUUUUACUAUGAGGUGCAGGUCAGCAGGAAGACUGUGUGGGAUUUAGGAGUGGUCAGAGAGUCUGUUAACAGGAAGGGGAAAAUUUCACUUUCACCUCAGGAUGGAUUCUGUGCUGUGGCUCUGAGGAAGGGGAAUGAGUAUACUGCUUGUGAUGAUCCCUGUAUCUCCCUCUCCCUGAGAGAGAAACCCCAGAAGGUGGGCGUGUUUGUGGAUUAUGAUGAGGGUCUGGUCUCCUUUUAUGACAUUGAGGCCAGGUCUCAUAUCUACUCUUUCACUGGUCAGUCUUUCACUGAGAAACUCUAUCCAUACUUCAGUCCUUGUCCAAAUGAUGGCGGUAAAAACUCAGCACCACUGAUCAUCUCUCGUCUGUAAAAUUUACCCCUCACAAAAUCAGUAGUGUAUGAAAGAUAUUUGAAAGAUAGAGUGAAAGAAAGGCAGAGUGAAAGAUAUUUUUUUCAAAACAGAUAUCACUACACAGUAAUGAUCAUGAAUUUUAAUAUAAUUUUAUGGUUAUCUGGAGUGUAUUGUGUAUGUCUAUUAAAAACAGUACAAUGUAUAAUAAACCUUGAAUUCA